GUGGAGGUGGCAGCUGCCCUGCACGGCGUCCUCCCCUCCCUUCCUUCCCACAUCCCUCUCCUCACUCCCAGGCCCAUUGCUUUUCCUCCCUCCCUUCCCUCCCUCCUUUCCCUCACCCCAGGCUCUCUCUCGGAGCCGAGCCAGCUGGGUCGGCGUCUGCCGGCCGCUGUACUUGUGACCCUGUCCCUAGCCUUUGCCCGCCCCGCCGCGAUGGAGGUACCCCCGCAGAAAUCUGCGCCGUGCUCCGCUCUCAGUCCUGCCCGCGUGCUCGGUGGCAUUCAGCGGCCGCGCCACCUCCCAGGCUUCGGGUUGGGGUCUCCGGUGCGCGCGGCUUCCUCCUCUCCGGUUACCACUCUUACUCAGACCAUGCACAACCUCGCAGGGCUCGGCAGUGAGACUCCAAAGACUCAAGUAGGAAGCCUGUCAUUCCAGAACAGUUUGGCAGGCCUGUCCCUGUCCAGGCGUACCUCUGAAUCUUCCCUGUCUUCUGAGUCCUCAGACUCCUCCGAUGCAGGUCUCUGCAUGGACUCCCCCAGCCCUAUGGACCCGCAGACGGCAGAGCACUCGUUUGAACAGGCCAUCCAGGCAGCCAGUCGGGUCAUUCAAAAUGAGCAGUUUACCAUAAAACGCUUCCGAUCCUUGCCAGUGAGGUUGCUGGAACACAGCCCCGUGCUACGGAACAUCAGCAACUCCCAAGUACUGGGCAGCCGGAAGAUAAAGGAAGCUGGCUACAGAGCUGCCAACAGCCCUGGGGAGAACAAGGAGAAUGAUGGAUAUGACUUCAAGAUACCAUGGAGGCCUGCUCAUCCCAGCCCUGCCCAAGCUGCAGAGUGGGCCAGCCGCAGAGAGGCCUUUACCCAGAGGCCAAGUUCAGCCCCUGACUUGAUGUGUCUUACCCCUGAAAGGAAGAUAGACGUAGAGGAGCUGAGCCCUGUAGCCAAGUCUUCCUAUUCCUUGACUCCGGUCGAAAGGGCUUCUGAAGAAGAUGACGGAUUUGUGGACAUCCUGGAGAGCGACUUAAAGGAUGAUGAUGUGGUCCCCCCAGGCAUGGAGAACCUCAUCAGUGCCCCACUGGUCAAAAAGCUGGAUAAGGAAGAGGAACAAGAUCUCAUCAUGUUCAGCAAAUGCCAGCGGCUCUUCCGUUCUCCGUCCAUGCCGUGCAGUGUGAUCCGGCCCAUCCUCAAGAGGCUAGAGCGACCCCAGGACAGGGACACGCCUGUCCAGAGCAAGCGCAGAAAGAGUGUGACUCCUCUGGAAGAGCAGCAGCAGCAGCCUGAAGAGCCUAAGGCCCGUGUCUUCCGCUCAAAGUCCCUGUGUCAUGAGAUCGAGAGCAUCCUGGACAGUGACCACCGUGGAUUGAUAGGAGAUUACUCUAAGGCCUUCCUCCUGCAGACUGUGGAUGGCAAACACCAAGACCUCAAGUACAUCUCAACAGAAACUAUGGUGGCCCUACUGACAGGCAAGUUCAGCAACAUUGUGGAGAAAUUUGUCAUCGUGGACUGCCGAUACCCCUACGAGUUUGAAGGCGGACACAUCAAGAAUGCUGUGAACUUGCCCCUGGAACGCGAUGCCGAGACCUUCCUGCUGCAGCACCCCAUCACGCCUUGCAGCCUGGACAAGAGAAUCAUCCUCAUUUUCCACUGUGAAUUCUCGUCUGAGCGUGGGCCCCGCAUGUGCCGGUUCGUCAGGGAACGGGACCGCGCGGCCAAUGAGUACCCCAGCCUGUACUACCCCGAGAUGUAUAUCCUCAAAGGCGGCUACAAGGAGUUCUUCCCCCAGCAUCCGAACUUUUGUGAGCCCCAGGACUACCGGCCCAUGAACCAUGAGGCCUUCAGGGAUGAGCUGAGGACCUUCCGCCUCAAGACACGCAGCUGGGCUGGGGAGCGGAGCCGGAGGGAACUCUGUAGCAGGCUACAAGACCAGUGACGAGCUGGCUUCAGCCCUGCUCCUGUCCUUAUCUCGUGGGCCUUGGGAGCCAGUGGGUCCCAUGGGCCUAUGUGAGGCCACCUCUCUGCUAGAGGCCUCAGGUGCUAUUAGGGGUUGAGGGAAAGGCGUGGUGUCACGUCUGCCUGUCCCUGUUCUCUAUUUCCCUGUCUCACUCCACUAAUUUUUCACGUGUUGGUACCAGUACCUUCUGGAAAAACCCAGCCUGAAGGGUGGAUACCAGCUAGGAGGAAAUGCUUUGGACCCUUUUACAGUCCUUUUUCCUUGUCUGUGUUAACUCUUUGCCUUCCUGUGUUCAGAAAGCCCCCUUUGUGGGAAGAGUCUCAGCCCUUGAUGAUGGGCACAGUAGUUCCUCGGGUGGCCUGGACGCCACAUGCUGCCCCUGCUUCUGUACAGGGUUGUGUCCCCUGUCUGCUCCCCUCUCCUGGCCUUUGCACAGAGGCUUCCAUUGAAAACAUAAGCACUUCCUUUUUUUUUUUUUU